AUGUCCAAGUGGAACGAAAGUUUGGUGGUCUGCUUUUUAAACGAGUACAGGCAAUAUCCGUGCCUCUGGAACCCGUAUCACAAGGAUUACUAUAAUUGCCGGGAGAAAAAUGAGGCGUUGCGAAGGAUCAUCGAACACCUCGGUGUACCCGGAUACACCGUCAACGACUACUUGAAGCAGAUCAAGAUGAUUAGAGAAAAAUACAAACAAGAGCAAACGCGAAUGAUCAAAUGUCUGCGGUCUCAAAAGCAAUAUAAAUCGCCAUUGUCCUGGUACGAUACAGUGGCGGAUAUGCUGACGAAGGUGAUAAAGGACGAGGAGGAGGCCCAGCAACGAGACGCGAGAUAUGGUCUCAGAUCUCUGAGCAGUGACAAUUUGAAGGACUCGUUAAAACGACCGGAAAGAACGGAAACGGACGCAAGACCUCUGAGAGUCCACCCUUGCAGCAACGCGACAUGUGACUCGGCAAGGAGGUGCAAAUCGGUGGAGAAACCAUCAUGUCUAGUCAGGAAACGUAACUCGACGGAAAAGAUUUUCAAAGAUAAGGCUGAUAAAAAAGUUACAUACGUUCCCUGCCCGCAGUACAUUUCGCAAGAUCGAGAAGAUCCGAUUUCGAGUCGGGAACCUACCAGAGACACGGGCCCUGGGUCGUUGGGAGUUCCAAGCACCUCCAUGAAUUCCGAAUCUCCGUUCUUGCAAUGCCCAUCGUGCGGUUGGGAGGACGCGAAGCACGAAAAGAGUUACAUUCCCUGUUCUGAUUAUAAUAAAAAUCUUUCUGGCGCAUUUUAUAAUGCCUGCACCGGAUGCGAUCAAGUCACCCGCGAUGAUUUAUCGGAGCGAGCCAGGAAGCGCAUGGAUCACUCGGGAGAUUUCGACAUUCUGAAGAAUGUGUCGAAGCCGACUAUUGAAACAGAAACGGCGAAGAAGCAAGUGGACGCUGGAGUGCAGUACAGCGAGGAGCCGAAAGACGAUGACUCGAAAAUACGAACGCAAGUCAUACAAGUCGAUCCUGCAGUAGCAAGCAACUUGCGAUGUGGUACCAUAGAAGCCUGUACCCGAUUCAAAAUCAUUAUAUCGGAUCCGUGCAAGGAAAUGAAAUCCAGUACGUUCGCAACGGAAAGCGUUUAUCAAAAGACUGAAUCGGUACAAUGCGUCAAUCGGAUAGAAACGAGCACGAAAGAAACCGAAUGUCCUCCUGAGAAAGUCAUUUGCGAAUGCGACGCGUGCGAGACAGGUAUGAACACGGCGAGUCCCGAGGUACGAAACACGAUUUGCGUAUCUGACGAGGCAGCGAGAUGUGUCAUGGUGCAAGCCGUGGAAGAGGUCGAGCAUGAGGAGAAAGAAACUGAGAAGUAUUGCGAAACGGCAUCGAAAGAAGUAGCAGUGAACAUAGCGGAUAAAGUUUCGAAAGCGGUGCAGAGUACCAUCUGCGUUUCGCGUGGAAGUUCGGCCUGCUAUGUACCAUCACCUGCAAGAGAGUCCGCAGAGAUUGGAACCGCGAUGUCUGUUCACAGAAUUCGUAGCAUCGGCUGCAUGACGGAGAAACCGAAAGAAUUCAGAUCGCAUUUCGUCCAAUGCAAGGACAGAUAUUUGUCUUUGACCCGUUCGAAGUCCUUCAGCUCCGUGAAACGCUGCGUUCGAGAUACGAAGCAUUCCGCGGAUAAAGAAACGCAAGGAUUCGCGGACGCGUGUACGACAGAUACGUGCUCAUUAAACAUACUAAAUCUCACCAGAGAAGAUCCCGCUGUGGCGGUAGCCGUGGAACAGCUCUUGAAGAAACUGAUACUGUUCAAACGCGAACAUGCAACGCAGAGGCUGACCGACCACGAAUACGAUCGCGUGAAACGAGAUUGCAUGAUCGACGCAACGGGUAUGGUAAACACUAUCAAGGAAUACGCAAGGAUGCUAGAACCGAGCGCGACCAAAGAUGAUUGGACGCAGAUCCAGUGGCUGGAAGAAAUCGAGAGGAAACGGAGUUCCACGGAUGUUGACACUUCCACGGUUGACAGCAAACUGACAAUGACCGAUGAGACUAUGACCGAACCUGUAUUUCAAUCUACGGUCGCUGCACAGGAUGAGGAACGGAGAUUCCAGAUGAUCGACAAGGAAGUCAUUACUCGCGGGACUUACAAAGACGUUGGGUCAUUGACGCGGUCGCCUCUGCGCGAUGCAGAAAUUCAGAGUAGCGCUUCUCGAUUGAAAGAUACCGCGGUCGAAGAUUCGAGGGAAAAAGUGAACGUGGGCACUCAGAAACGUGAUCCGAUACUAGUUCGAGUGAUAAAGUGCAGCGAUACACAAGCGGUCACAAGGACCGAUAAGACGACGACUAUGGGAACGGACGUGGAUCCGGGGAAGAGGUACGUAAAAGCAUGCGGUAGAUCGACUUGCGUCCCGCUGAAGGUUUGCAGGAGAUCAAAGGAUAUGAAAUCUCCUUAUUGCGGCAUGGAACGUGAAAUAGCUGAUGCUCGUCACAAACGGACGGUCGCUUUUAACGAAGACAUAUGCGACAGAAAUUGCAAAACGAAAUUGUCAUAUGACUGGACGGAUGUGUCGAACGUCGACGUACUAUCUGACGUUAAUUCGAAAAUUCCUACGUGCAGGAGGACAUGUAAGUAUAAUUACAGCUACGCGAGGAGCAAUUAAAUGAAUAAGUGAAGUGGAAAAGACGGUAAAUGAAACUGGAGAGCGUAG